CAACUGCUAUCUGUGUGUGCUUUUCUCGAUUUUAAUAACAUCUGAAGGUCCUCAUCUACAUCAAAACAAAUCGACUUGUGCGAUUUAAGUGGGGAGUAGUGGAGAAAUGGCAAUGAUCAUGAGCAAAUAUGUUCGAGGGAUUGAGUCACCUGGGAGAAGAAGAGGAAACAUCCUUGAAGAAAAUAAUUUCGAGCCUCCAAGCAAUCCUGAGCUUUUGGAUGCAUUGCUUUCCAUCCUAAUGACUACACUGGAGGGAGACUUAUCGACUGAGGAAACCCAGGAACCACCGGGUGAAAGAAUAAAGGAUCCCGACCCAGAGUUAUCAGUUAAGCCAGGGUUGAUAAGCACAGGGAUAGGAUUCGACGUAAAGUCCCCUCCGUCGCACGAAGUUAGAGGAAAAUUUCAGUUGGCGUCCACCGAGACGGAAAGGAAUUUCUCUCUAAAUCUUCCUCGUAGGACAGAAUGAGAUCUACAGAAAGCUCUCAAAUUAUUAUUAUUUCCUAUCUACCGUAGUCUCGAACAUAUUUAAUAGGAAAAAUGGUUACACUUAGUAUUCGUUUUUUCGCAAGAUCUUAGGAUUGGAGUAAAAUGUUCAUUUUUCGAGGAAACCAGUGUGUUUUUCUACGAAAAAAAGUUUGAAAAAUCCUCAUAAAAAUUGAUUUCUCCCUGAUUUCUAAGAUAUUAACAAAAAAGCAAUUCAUACUAAGUACAUGCAUUUUCCCACUUAUUGCCUUCAGAGUUGGUGCCUUCAUAUCUUCGGAAGUGGCUUUAUAGAAUUUUCUUGCAACUCCUUCUCUAUAAAAAGAACCUAAAAAUGUUUGAAAUAUCCAUUUCAAGAAUUUCCUUACGUAAACAAUUCACCGAAUACAAAAAUCACUUAAUUUUAUUGGAAUGCUAUACAACAAUAAAUAUUGUACGAUUUGGAAUAACUCAAUAUGGUGUCAUUAGU